AUGGCUCCAGUCACCGUCUGGAACGAUGAGGCCCGAUCUGACCUUUUGGUUGCGCUUCUGUCGGUCAUCAAGCCCUCUAAGGAGGACUGGGACCGCGUUCUUCCUAUAGUCCAUGCCAAGGGCUAUGUCUACAACGCCAAUGCUGUCACGCAGCACAUCCAGAAGCUCCAGCGCAAGGAGCUUAACGCCGGCGACGGCGGCGACGGUGAGGCAUCUGCCUCCGCCACUCCCAAGAAGGCUGGCAAGAAGGCUGCUACCCCCAAGAAGGCCGGUACCCCCGCUACUCCCAGAAAGCGCAAGACUCCCGCCAAGUCCAAGGCCAAGGUCGAGGAGGCCGAUGAGGAUGAUGAGGACGACGAGAAGGAGGCUCCUCCCCCCAAGAAGCCAUGCACCCCUUCCCGCCCCAGCAUGAAGGACGAAUUCCACGAGGACACCAAGGACACCAAAACCACCGGCGCCAAGUUCGUCCCCAUCAACGCGGAGAUCUAG